AUGAACCCAGAGCUGAGCGUGGUUGGCGAAACUGCCGGCGCGUCCGGCCCGGGCAGCCACACCUCAGCCCGGGCACGGUCGAGGGCAUAUGCCACCUGCGCCUGGCUGGAGGCGAACUCGGUGAAGGAUUCAGUGGCCUUAGUCAGCGAUGAGGCGAUGCUGCUGCACCUCGGGCCCUCGAACCACCCAGAGCGCCCCGCGAGGCUCGCAGAGAUCUUGCACCAGCUGGAGAUCUCAGGGCUGAGAGCAGCCUGCGCAAACGUUCCCUCACGGAAGGUGACCAGAGACGAGCUGCUUACAGCCCACACGGAGAAGCACGUGGACCAUGUCUUUGCGUCUGCUUCUGUGAAGAAGAAGGGAAAGGAUUAUGGAUUGCCAUUUGGUCCUGACACGUACGUGAAUGAGCAAUCACCCGACUGCGCUGCAUUGUCGGCCGGUUGCUUGUUGGCCUUGGUGGACCAUUGCAUGGCUGAUGAGAACAUUGCCACCUGCGGAAUGGCAUGUGUGCGCCCCCCAGGGCAUCAUGCCAGCCAGGAGAAGGCCUGCGGCUUUUGCCUUUUUAACAACGUGGCAGUGGCCGUGCGACAUGCGCAAAAACAGUACGGGCUCCAGCGGGUUGCGGUCGUCGACUGGGACGUGCACCACGGAAACGGGACCAACGACAUCUUCGCCGAGGACGACUCGGUGCUCUUCUUCAGCCUGCAUCGCUACGGCAGCACCUUCUUUCCGGGCACGGGCUUUGCGGAGGACGUGGGGAAGUCGAGCGCCCGGGGCUUCAAUGUGAAUGUGCCACUGGACAAGGGCUUUGGGGACCUCGACGUGAGGCACAUCAUGCAAUACCUGAUUUGCCCCCUGAUGGAGAAGUUUGAACCAGAAGCCAUCUUUGUGUCUGCCGGCUUCGAUGCGGUCCGGGGUGAUCCGCUGGGGGAUUGCCGGGUAACUCCUGAAGGCUUUGGCUGGAUGACUCGGUGCCUGUACCGUCUUGCUCGACAUUUCUGCCAGGGUCGUCUCUUCCUGUCCUUGGAGGGUGGCUACAAUCCUGACAUGAUCGCGCAGUGCACAGUGGAGUGUGUCCGCUCGAUGCUGCAAGAAGUUAACGACCUGGCAGGGCCUGAGAUGGAGCUGGUGCCAGCUACCCCUUGCUCCAGCCAUCCGGGAACGCCAGCAUCGAUGCCGGCCUGCCUGGCUGGAGCUCACCAGUUGCUUUUGUUGUUUUUUGAGUUCUUUGCGGUUGGGAACCUGCCAGGCCUCGCCUUCCUGGUCGUCCUCGCUGGAUGA